GCUGCCGUACUUCAGUACGACCCGUAGCUGGUAUUGUCGUGGCGAUUAAGGUUCUUCGUAAAUAAGUCACCUUAACAGCACGGGAGAUGCAUGAAAUUUUGGACGUCACGCUAAUUGCAAUUGCAAUGGUUGUGUUCUCUUUGACGCCUUAAACCUCUCAAGAUGGGCUUGCAAUGUGGGACAAUCCGGGGAUCAAGGUGUUAUGAAUGUGGCAUUGCCCUGGCCACGACUCUCUACGUUACGCAGCGGACUCCGUCAAGUUCUUCGAAAUAAUCAGAAACUAAUCAUGCCUAGUGUUUUUCGUCGAGCGCUGCUCCGAGCUUGGCGACACUCUGACGCUCGAUGUUGUUGGUUCAGACACGCAAGUUCCGCAUGGCGUCAGGCCAGGCAAAGGAGCUGUCGAUGUCGCAAUCGCUCAGUUUUGAGCGAGGCGGGGCCGGUAGACAACCCAGUCAAGCAAUGUAAAGUGGCGCGUUUGCUGCCGUACUUCACUAUGGUGCGUAGCUGGUAGGAGCGUGGCAAUCAAGGAUCUUGGUAAUGAUCACGAUGAGAAGUAACCUACACGGUUCUCUCGCGAUAACCAUUCAG